AUGUACACUUCACGACGUAGUGGCCCGGUUACCGAUUUACACAAUGCUCAUACUGUUUCAACAUUGAUGAGAACAAUGACAACAUCAGCAUUACCGUCUAAUUAUCCUCAUCGUCCUUUAUCACGAUCGAAAACGAGUUUAAAUGGAACACUUCCAUUUCGUUCAUCAAGUAUUCAUCAGGUUGGACAUCGCGAUCGAGAAACUGAGCGACUUCAACGUCGAUGUGAUGGUAAUCGUUCGUCUGAUUUAUUUACACUUGAAGCAAAACUAAAACGUAAUGAGGAGGUCAUUGCUCAUCAAAAUGCACAGAUUGAGGUUUUAAGUGAAGAAAAUCGUACAUUAAAAGGACGUCUUCAAGAAUUAAUUGAUCUAAAACGUGAUUUAUCAAAUAAACAAUUUGAGGAACGUCUGAAAAAUGACGAUCUUCUUCGAGAUCUUAAAGAUAUUGAUCGUCUUGCACGAAAAGUUCAAGCUGAUAAACAAUAUACUGUUGAAGCAGCUGAUCGAGAAUUAACAGAAGCUAAAAUGGAAAUAGAACAAAAUCAUCGUGAAAUGCAAGCGCUUGAUAAUAAAGUUCAUCAUUUAACAACAGACAAGAAAAAUUUAAUCGAAGAACUUGAAGCAACUAAAAAUCAAUAUGCUGAAUGCCAAAGUGAACUUAUUCGUUUACAAGAACUUGUUGAUCGUAUACAAACCGACAAAACAAAACUUCAUCGACGAAUUUCGAAACUUGUUCAUAAUGAAAGAGAUUUAUUACAUGAAUUACAAAAAUGUCGUCGUACAACAAAACCUGCAAUUCCAUCCGUAUCAACUGGUUCAUCAACAAAGAAACUUUCAAUUCCAGCUCGAAUUGAUAUACAUUUAAAAAAUGUUGAAGAUGAACGUGAUAUGUAUAAAAAUGAAGUAGAAGGUUUACAACGAUUACUCAAUGAACGUUCUCGUUGCUUAUCAUCAUUAUCAUCUUCACGUUUAAGAGGUCGAUCAUUAUCACCAACAGUUAUUACACGUUCAACAACUAGACGUGAUAUGGCUACAUCACCAGUUAUGCAAUAUAUGAAACGAUCAGCAAGUAGUUGUAAUGCAUCGCCUACACGUUGUUCUGUAUGUGGAUCAAAUCGAAAUCGAUUAUCACCAACAAAAGAUAUUAGUUCAUGUGAUACUCAAUUAAAAACUCUUGAAGAAGAACGAAAUCGUUGUCGACGAGAACUUCGUAAAUAUAAACGAUCACCAAAAGAAAAAGAUGUUGAUGAAACUCAAUUAUUAAAAUUAAUACGAGAAAAUGAAGAUUUACAAUCAAUAAUAAAGAAAUUUGAACGACUAGUGGCCGAAAUUCAAGGCAAUAUAAAAGUGCUUACUAAUGAACGAGACAAUAUAAUUAUUCAUUACGAACAAACCAAGGAAGAAUUACAAAGAGCUCGUCAUGAACUUUUACAAAAAGCUCAAACACCUAAAAUUUCCCUUACAGCUCAAUCAAUUUUGCGUCAAAUUGCAACUGAAAAUGGAUUAAAUGAACGAGCAAGAUACGAACAACGUAUUGAAGAUCUUGAAGUUGGUUUACGAAAACUUGAUAAUGAUCGUGAAGAAAUUAUUCAACAAAAUCAUACAUUACGUCAACAAAUAAAAGAUUUACAAAAUAAACUUGAUGAACAAUCUUUUACAAUUUCACAAUUAAAUCAAGAACUAAAUGAUCAAAAAAAUGCAUCAGCACAAUUAAGAUAUUUAUCUGAAGAAGCUGAACGUCUUGUACAAGAAAAUCAAAGACAAUUAAAUUUAAAAAAUGAAGAACUUCAUACUCACGGAGAUAAAGUCAUUAGACUUGAAAAGAAAAUUUAUGAAUUACAAGAAAUAAACAAAGCUCUUAGAGAUGAUUUUCAAGUUGUACGUGUAACUGUUCAAACACUUGAUAAAGAAAAAAAUCGUUUAUGUGGUGAAAUUGAUUUAAAAUCUGAAGAAAAUUUACAUUUAACACAAGAAAUCAAUUCUAAAAUACGUCGAAUUGAAGAAUUAAAUAUGAUGGUAGCAGAAUUAGAAGCUGCAUUAAAUCGUUCAAAAGAAGAUACAAAACAAAAAUUAAAAGAUAUUACCAAUAUGAGACUACAAUUUGAUCGAAAUCUUGAAGAAUUUAAUGAAUAUCGACGUAAAGUUGAUCUUAGUACAAGAGACCAUAAACGUUUACAAGAUGAACUUUUAACACUUACACGAGAAAAUCAAACACUUCGUCAAGAAAUUGAUCAUGGAAUUCGUGAUAAAGAUAAUCUCAAAUUACAAGUACAAGAAUAUAUCAAACAAGUAUCCAAUUGUGAAAAUGUUAUUGCACAAAAGGAAAAUGAUCGAACAACCUUAGUUGAACAAUAUCGUGAUGCCAGUAAUGAAUUAAGUCGGGUACAAAUUACCUUAACUGAUUUAGAAACACAAGCAAAUAAUCUUAAACAAGAAUUACACAUAAAGAUAGCUGAUUUAAAACGAUUAACAGAACGCAUUGAUUAUCUAGAACGAGAGCUUCAACACCAUGUAUCUAUUGGUAAAGAAUAUGAAAUUCAAUUAACAAAUAUGAAUCAUUCAUUACAACGUAAUGAAGAAAUGAUAAAAAGAUUACACACAGAUAAACAAAAUUUAUCAAAUGAUAUUGCGAAUAUUCGUGAUCUUAAUUCAACAAUUGAAAAUAAAAGAGAACAAUUUAUUCGUCAAUUAACAUCAAAAGAAAUUGAAAAUGAACAAUUACAAGCAGCUAUCAGUGACAUGAAAAUUGAAAUUGAUAUGUUACGUACACAAUUAAAUAAUGAAAAAGCUGUUGUACACAGUUUAGAAGAACUUAUUACAUCAUUACGUGAAAAAGAAUAUCAAAUACAAAUACAAUCGCAAGAAAAAAAUACUGAUUUACAUUUCGCAAAAGAUCGAGCAAAUAUAAGUGAUAUUAAAGUACAAAAUCAAAGUAAAGAAAUAGCUGCUUUACGAACACAAAUUAUUGCAUUAGAAACAGAUAAUAGAAGAUUGAGAAGUUUAUUAACAAAUGAAAGAUAUGAAAGAGAAAAAGCUGCUCAAGACUUAAGAAAAUUAACUGAUCUUACUUCACAUAUUGCCUCUGAGUCUCGAUAUCGUAGUGCAUCACCUAAAAUAACAACAUCUGCUUCCAAUACAAAUCUUCGUCGAUCACCGGUAAGAAGCUAUUCUCCACCACGUGCCGAUACACCCCGAUCAUCUCCUACUAAAAUCUCCAUUUCGCUGAAAGUUUCUGAACUUGACAAAAGUCAUGAAAUUACGCCUGAAAUCAACAUUAAUACCAACAAAAACAGCAACAGCAAUAAUUAUGAUGAUGAUAACGCCAUUGAUCGAUCGUCCAAUUUUCGUAUUGACACAACUCCAUAG